CGUACAUUUCUCUCCCGUCGGGCAACCGAAACGGUCGCGCGUGUUCGUUCGCAAAGCGCCUUCGUUUACUUCCACACAAAAACCGUGUUGUCGCAGGUCGUUCGGUCGGUUUUCGGUCGAUUGCUGAAGUGUUUGUGAAGCUCCCGUACGAAAGAAAAGGAUAUUAAAGUUGUGCUUACGACAAAACAAAAAAGAGAAACACCUGCUGUAACACGUAAUUGCGCUAGAGAAUAAAAAAACCGACAGGGAGUUCUCUGACGCAGAGUCCUUGAGGCAGCAUAGCAUUAUUAUUGCGCGUUUGGUCAACCGUUGUCAACCGUUUGUGCUCUUGAGUUGUCCUUGCGGUGUGUGAAGCUUUUGUAAGAAAGCAGCCUCGACCAUGUCAGCCGAUGCGGAACUAUCGUCCAUCCUGAACCGCCGCCAGCAGAUCAACGAAGCGCUGGACAAUGGGCAGGCGGUAAAGCCCACGUUCAAAGUGGUCAACAUCUACACCGAGUUUCACGAGUUCUCGCGGAAGGAAAUCAAGGACUACCAGGCCACCUUCACCAAGUACGAUGUCGGCAACGAUGGAUAUCUGGAUCUGGCCGAGCUGAAGAUUAUGAUGGAAAAGCUGGGCGCACCGCAGACCCAUCUCGGCCUGAAGGGUAUGAUCGCGGAGGUGGACGAAGACAAGGAUGGCAAGAUUUCGUUCCGCGAGUUUUUGCUCAUCUACCGCAAAGCACGUGCCGGUGAGCUCAUUUCCGACUCCGGACUCGGCCAGCUAGCCCGCCUGACGGAGAUCAACGUCGAUGAGGUCGGUGUCGGGGGAGCGAAGAACUUCUUCGAGGCCAAGAUCGAACAGCAGCUACGAACGAACAAGUUCCACGACGAGAUCCGGCAGGAGCAGGAGGAACGCCGCCGCAUGGAGGAAGAGCGUAUCCUGCGACGACAACAGUUCCAACAGCGGGCAGCCGUUUUCCAGUAGAGCACCGAUGGCAAAGCUCUAUAAAUAUUUUAAUGUACGUGUGUUUUUGUGUGUGUGUAUAAAGGAAGAACAUUAAUUUAGAGUGUUAUUAGGGGAAGGAGAAAAGGACAAAGGCAAAACCUACCUGCUACAAUAAGCUGAUCAAACAUGAAAAAAUGGAUGAGGAUUUUUAAAUGGCUUGCUUGUACUAUCGUUUAAGUUGCCACAAGUAGCAUCAGAAGUGUCAUUUUGUGGUUCCGCCGGACUUAAACCCCGCGGGACCACGUUUUCCUCCCGCUGCACAUUAAGCACCUGUUCUUAGAUGUAUUAUUAGAUAUCCUGUUCCUGUUCACAAAAAAUAAAUCAUUAAAUCUGACAACAGCAGCAAUUGCAAAGAGCGAUCUUUCCGUCCAGUAAAAAAAUGGACGCAGAUGCGCCAGGAAUGGACCACAGAAUGAAACGGCAUGGAUUUGAAAAACACAACAAACGCUCCCUAGUCAAUCUUCAUCACCGGGUUAUUGACCGUAAAUCAUCCACACAAAAAACAGUAGCGAGAUAGGGCAGGUUGUUAGUAGAUCAAUCUGAAGCAGGACAAGCAUGUUGAUAUAGAAAGGACUUGACGAUGAUGAUCAUGAUCGCCUGCCGGCUGGUGGACUCAAUCUCAGAUGGAAGAUAUAUUUUUGAUAAAGUAGAGAAUUUGUGGGAAAAGUGGUAGGGUUUUUAAAAAAAACACAGGGUUCGGGAUGAAUAGGACACGGGAAGGUUUAAAGGUUAGUUACGGACAAAAGCAAACACUGGGGGAUCUACUGCGUAAAUGUGUUUUAGAUGUUUAACAAGCUGUUACUAAUAAAAACAGAUAGAUUGUACUGUAA